UUCAUCUUAGUCCCUCUAGAGGCUUCUCUGCUACUCUUUCAAUUUCUCUGACUCUUCGACUCUCAAUCAAUCGAUUCAUCAAAUUUUCCCUUACUUUCUCUCGGUCCAAACACCAAUUUCAUCUCUCAAUCAGCCGUUCCUUCUGAAAUCUCUUCAACGUUCCCUUGUCCAAUCGCUUUCGAUUUUCUGAUACCAAGCUAGGGUUUCCGAUGGGGGUGAAUCUGACUGAAGGGGCGGUGGCCAGGAUAGUGAGUAGAGAAGUGGCGACGGAGAAAGAUUUGAAGCCGGUGCUUCAGGUUAUUGAAUUGAAAGAGGUCCAGACCACUAGCAAGAAUCAGCAACAGAACGAGCAGAAUAAUCAGAAUCAGCAAUCGGAACCCAAAAAGAGCGGCAGGUACAGGCUGUUGCUGUCGGAUGGCUCCUUGACGCAGCAAGGAAUGCUCGCUACCAACAAGAAUGAGCUUGUUACGUCCUCUCAGUUGCAGGUCGGUUCCGUUGUUCAGCUGACUCAAUACAUCUGCAAUGUCAUCCAGGAUCGCAUGAUUGUCAUUAUUAUUGAGCUGGAGGUAAUAAUUCAGAAAUAUGAUCUCAUUGGAAAGCCUGUCCCAGCACAAAAAUCUUCUAGGCCUCUACAAGCCUCCACUAAUCAACCUGGGAUGGUGACAGGCAACACUUACAACUUUGGUGGGAGCUCAGUUCCAGCCACUGUAGCUGAUAAGCCAAAUUCCAUCGGGACUCCUUUUCAGCAAGGUGGGAUGGCUCAGUUGAAUGGUACUUCCUAUUCCACUGAAUCUGAAUCAGGAGGAUAUGGUGCAGCAAAUGCACCUCAAAGUUAUCCCAAAAUCAAUUCUGAAGGAGGUGCUCGGAUUUCUGUAUCAGCACCCUUAAGUGGGCCAUUUGGUGCUCAAAACCUUGGCUUCCAUAACCCUAGACAAGACACUUCACGACCUUCAAGUACCUUUAACCGCCAACCUCUGCCAAACUACCAGCAACCAUCUCCAAUGUAUGCUAACAGAGGUCCAGUAGCUAGGAAUGAAGCUCCAGCAAGGAUGGUUCCAAUCGCUGCUCUAAAUCCCUAUCUGGGCAGGUGGACAAUCAAGGUCAGGGUGACAUCGAAGGCUGAACUUAGGUCCUACAACAACGCACGUGGUGAAGGAAAAGUUUUCUCCUUUGAUCUUCUUGAUUCUGAUGGUGGGGAAAUACGGGCAACCUGCUUUAAUGCUGUGGCUGAACAAUUCUACAAUCAGAUUGAAGAAGGUAGGGUUUAUUUGAUUUCAAAGGGAAGUUUAAAACAUGCUCGGAAAGAUUUCAACCACCUACACAAUGAUCAUGAAAUUCUCCUGGACAACUCAUCAAUAGUACUGCCAUCUGAGGAUGACAACUCAAUUCCAAGGCAGCAGUUUCAUUUCCGUGAUAUAAUUGAUGUUGAAGGUAUGGAGAAUAACAGUGUUGUGGAUGUAAUUGGUGUGGUAACUUCCAUCAGUCCAGCUACUUCAAUAAUGAGGAAAAAUGGUACUGAGACUCAGAAGAGGACCCUUCAGUUAAAAGAUAAGUCUGGCAGAAGUGUUGAAUUAACUUUGUGGGGCAAUUUUUGUAACACAGACGGACAGAGAUUGCAAAGUUUGUGUGAUUCUGGGGAAUUUCCUGUUCUUGCGGUGAAAUCUGGUAGGGUAAAUGAUUUUAAUGGGAAGGCAUUGGGCACCAUUGGUAUGAGUAACCUGUUUAUUGAGCCAGAUUUCAAUGAGGCCCGCAGACUAAAGGAAUGGUUUUUCAAAGAAGGGAGAAACACACCUUCUGUCUCUAUUUCCAGGGAAACUCCAAUUGUGGGAAGGACAGAUAACCGAAAGACUAUAUCCCAAAUCAAAGAUGAGAGGCUUGGGACUUCUGAAAAGCCAGAUUGGAUUACAGUAGUUGCCACUGUCAUAUACAUGAAGAAUGAAAAUUUCUGCUAUACAGCUUGCCCUAUCAUGAAUGGAGACCGCGCAUGCAACAAAAAGGUAGCGAAUAAUGGAGAUGGAAAGUGGUGGUGUGAUAAAUGUGAUAAGGCUGUGGAUGAAUGUGACUACAGGUACAUAAUCCAGUUUCAGAUACAGGAUCAUACAGGCUUGACAUGGGUAACUGCUUUUCAGGAGGCUGGUGAGGAGCUCAUCGGUGUUCCUGCAAAAGAGCUGUAUCAUUUGAGAUAUGAAAAUCAAAGCGACGAAAGAUUUAUGGAAAUCAUGCGUCAGGUUAUGUUCAAAAAAUACAUGUUCAAGUUGAAAGUAAAGGAGGAAACAUUUAGUGAUGAGCAGCGUGUGAAAUCAACAGUUAUGAAAGUAGAGAAAGAUUUUUCAGAGUCCAGAUUUCUUCUGGAUGCAAUUAACAAGAUUAAAUCAGGGGAUUCAAGUUCCUUUGUCCCAAAGGCAGAGAAUGGCACUCCUUACAAUGGGAUGAACAUUACUGCAUCCACAACUGAUGUAAGCAGACAGCACGCACAAGCAGGAGCUGCGGGUGGAGGGUAUGGUUCAUUUGCAAAUCUAGCGGGUCAGUAUGGGAACCAGUAUAGUGGCUCUAGUCUUACUGCAACUGGUUCUUCUGUUGGGCACAUGUUCUGUAACAGCUGUGGGGCUACUGGUCAUAGCUCCACAAAUUGCCCAAGUGUCAUGAGUGGCCCAGUGCAGUCCACGGGAAGGGGCUAUUUGGACAGCUUGUCUUCUGGGGGAAGGGUUGGUGGUGCUUCUGGUGAGUGCUUUAAAUGUGGUCAGACUGGGCAUUGGGCCAGAGAUUGUCCUGGGGUGAACACCGGCCCUUCGUCUUAUGGAAAUAUUGGCCAUCCUUCCGGAAGAUACGGGGGCGCACCAAGGCACCAGGUAGGUGGCUUUUGAAGUCUCUUUGAAUAUCUCAAGAGUUUAAUAUUUUGUUAAACCUAGCAUCCUUUUUGUCAAGGGUCGUCUGGCCAUGUUGGCUUGUGGGGGUGGUCUGGCCUGUACUUGAACAAGGGUAUCUGUAAGUGCGUUGACAAUGUUUUUAACCCAGAUUGAAUUUCUUGUACUAGGUUUUGGAACAGUAUUUUGUCAUUUUGUGUUUUGUUUCUUGUAUUAUACUUUUGCUUGUGAAUACAUGGUUCAACUUUAA